AUUGUACACGGCGGUGCUGGACUUCUCUUCGAAGCCUGAGACGAGGCAAUCAUGACGACCAAGCGGCGCAAUGGAGGACGCUCUAAGCACGGACGUGGCCACGUCAAGCCCAUCCGGUGCACCAACUGCGCCCGUUGCUGCCCUAAGGACAAGGCCAUCAAGAAGUUCGUCGUCCGGAACAUUGUAGAGGCCGCCGCCGUGAGGGAUAUCAACGAGGCUUGCGUCUACCAGACGUACGUGCUGCCCAAGCUGUACGCCAAGCUGCACUACUGCGUGUCCUGCGCCAUCCACUCGAAGGUGGUGCGGAACCGCUCCCGCCGCGACCGCAAGGACCGCACGCCGCCCCCGCGCUUCCAGCGCCAGGACAACAAGCCCCAGCCCAACAAGAAAUAGGCCCUGAUCGCUGUGUUAUUAUGUAAUACAAGGGGGAGACA